AUGGUGACUGUUAACAUCCGGGCGCUGACUUCGCCUGUGGGCAUUGUGCGGAUACUGGAGGUCAUUUUUACAUGUAUCUCCUUCAGCCUAGCAGCAUCGGUCAUCACGUCCACAGAUUCCUUCUGGACAUUUUGCAUGUUCACCUGGUGUUUAUGCUUUGCCGUCACCAUCCUCAUACUCACAGUGGAGUUCUGUAAUGUCAACGGCUCCCUUUAUAUCUCCUGGGAUGACUUCACCACAGCCUUUGCCAUGUUGGCCACACUCAUGGAGCUUAGUGCGUCCAUCAUCUUCGCCAACUUCUUCACAUGUUCUACAUGUGCUGAACUGAUCGCCGCUUGUGUGACUUCCUUCCUGGCCUUCAUUUUGUACGCCACUGAGGUCGGCUUGACCAGAGCCAGAGCUGGAGAAAUAAGUGGAUUUCUUUCCACUGUCCCAGGGCUCCUGAAAGUGCUCGAGGCCUACGUUGCCUGCAUUAUCUUUGUAUGUGUGCAAUACGUUCCGUACGAUUUUUUCCCAGGGCUCCAAUGGUGUGUUGCUGUCUACUCCAUUUGCUUAAUUUUUGCCCUUCUUGUCAUAAUCUUCACCAUCUGCCGACUUCUGUCUCUGUUUCCAGCACCGUUUGAUAAAGUUCUUAUUGUAUGCAAUGUGUUGGCAGUUUUGAUGUACAUCACCGCUGUAGUCAUAUGGCCCUAUUACAGUUUAAAGGAUAAUCCCAGACCAUCCUAUUGCAAUAACUUUCCAAAUUCGUGUGGGUGGAAUUUGUUAGUGGUUAUCAGCGUUAUGACUUGUGUCAACCUUAUUGCGUACAUCGUUGAUACAUUUUAUUCCUUCCGGCUGGUCUUCUUUAUAAGUAGAACCUAA